AUGCGACUCCUUAUUUCCUCGUUGAUCGCCUUGUGUGUUACAGCAUGGGCUGCACCGGUCGUCCAGGGCACGUCCUUUGAGCUCCCACUGGUCCGCGACCUUUCGCGUGCUUCGUCGCAUGGGCCACCGUCACAUGACCUAACAUUGUGGGUCGAUAAGAAGAACUUGAAGUUCAAAGUGCGGAAGAACGAAGAGCAAGGCGAGCACGGCGUCGUGUAUAAAGUCGUCGCAGGCAAAUAUAAGGGCGGGUACGCCAAGGCGUUAAUAUCUGAACAAGAGAUCCAGGCGACUGCCGCCGUCGGUGCUCUGUGGUUGAAGGGUUCGGACCACCAUAACGAUAAGUGGAUCAUCGUGAAGCCAUCGCCAGGCAAACGGUUCAACCAAACGUCCGCGUACGCGCACGUGCGACACAACCCGCAGCAAUGCUGGGAGCUGCUAGAACACGCCAUCGACGUCGCGACGAACACAAUCCUACACACUUACCGCAACACUCACUGGCUUCACCAACACCCCACUCUGUCGAACGUCCUCUUCAACGAUCAGGCCUCCCGAGCAUAUCUUAUCGACUGGGGAUGCGCGUCGAAACCGCCUCACGUGCACAUCCCCGAUGUCAGAGCACACGGUGCAUACACGAUGUCGCAAUCCGGUCACAGUCUUUGCGGCGCGCGGCCUGCGACGGCGCAUCCUCCCGUAAUGCACGCCCCCACGUACCACUGUCCUGCGCCGGCACACGGCGCGGUCGCUCUCCAACCAUGGCAUUGA